CCGCCGCGACCCCGCAGACGGGACGGCAGGGAGACGCAGGCGGGCGAAGGAGACGUCCGGGAGCUCCGUCCUCUGACCCGGGGCGCGGACCGGCAGGGGCGGCGCGGCGCUGGAGGAGCGGACCCGGCACCGUGGUGUGCCCCGGCGGCCUGCGCUCCCCGGCGGCCUCCCGGCGGGCGGGCAGCGGGGCUCAGGUCGCCGGAGGAGGGCGAAGAGGCCCGCCUGUCCGGGGUAGGGAGAGCGCGGCGAGAGAGGACGGCUCUGGCGACCCGUGGCGUGGCAGCCCCACGGAGGACGGACCCCAGCGGCGCACGGAGGCGUGGAAGCGAGAGGCCGGGACCCGGGCAGCAGCCUCCCCGCUGGACGGGUCUCCGGGACCGGCCGGCCGUGAGUACCCCGGGCGACAGGAGCGCGGCGAGCUCGGCCACUCGCCCUGCAGCUAGGAGAGCUGUUCCCGCCGCCGCCCUUCUCCGAGCCGGGGCGGCAGCCGCCUCUCCUGCCGCCGCCAGCGCGUCUCCCGCCCCUGCCGCCGCCUCGGCCGGCUCCUUUCACAGCACCGCGCCUCCCGGACGGGACCUGCCCGAGCAGGUUUCAGCACCACGCGUGGAGGGGACAGCUCCCCUCUCGGGCCCGGCCGGGGCGCUGUGGGGAGCGAAGAGCUGGCUGAUACAGGCCAACGCGAACAACAACAACAACAACAACAACCGCCACAGCCCUAAUAAUCAUAACGAUGCCAAAGGCCUCCCGGGAGGCGCAGAGCCGCCGGGGCCCAGUGCCGAUCCCCGGCUGCGGAGCUGCGCUGGAGGCUGCGAGGGGGCGGCGGCGCGCUCGGACCUGCUGCGGGCCAACGGCUCCGACCCUGACCCGUCCUGCCGGGAGCGAGCCGGCCGGGGGAGGCCGGGAGAGGGAGAGGGCGAGGGCGAGGGCGAGGGCGAGGGCGAGGGCCGGGGGCAGAGGGGGGCCCGGCCUCGCAGGGCCGCCAACCGGCACCCCCACUUCCCUCAGUACAACUACCAGGUGCAGGUGGCAGAGAACCAGCCCCCCGGGACCUCGGUGAUCGCCAUGGCAGCGCAGGACCCCGACGCGGGCGAGGCGGGGCGCCUGGCCUACAGCAUGGCCCCCCUGAUGAACAGCCGAUCCAUGGACUACUUCCACAUCCAGCCGGACAGCGGCCUCAUCACCACCACCAAGGUGCUGGACCGCGAGCACAUGGACCUGCACUACUUCCGGGUCACGGCGCUGGACCGCGGCUCCCCGCGGCUGUCCGGCACCACCAUGGUGGCCAUCGCCGUGUCCGACCGCAACGACCACAGCCCCGUCUUCGAGCAGGGCGAGUACCGCGAGACCAUCCGCGAGAACGUGGAGGAGGGGUACCCCAUCCUGCAGCUGCGGGCCACCGACCUGGACGCCCCCCCCAACGCCAACAUCCGCUACCGCUUCGUGGGCGGGGCCUCCGCGGCCGGCCGGGCCGCCUUCGAGAUCGACCCGCGCUCGGGCCUCAUCACCACGCGCGGGCCCGUGGACCGGGAGAGCGUGGAGCGCUACGCGCUGGUGGUGGAGGCCAGCGACCAGGGCAAGGAGCCCGGGCCGCGCUCGGCCAGCGUGGAGGUCUUCAUCACGGUGCUGGACGAGAACGACAACGUGCCGCAGUUCGGCGAGAAGCGCUACGUGGCGCAGGUGCGCGAGGACGUGCGGCCGCACUCGGAGAUCCUGCGCGUCAGCGCCUCCGACCGCGACAAGGACAGCAACGCCGUGGUGCACUACAACAUCAUCAGCGGCAACAGCCGCGGCCAGUUCUCCAUCGACAGCGUCACCGGCGAGAUCCAGGUGGUGGCGCCGCUGGACUUCGAGGCGGAGCGCGAGUACACCCUGCGGGUGCGGGCGCAGGACAACGGGCGCCCGCCGCUCUCCAACAACACGGGCAUCGUGAGCGUGCAGGUGACCGACGUCAACGACAACGCGCCCAUCUUCGUGAGCACGCCCUUCCAGGUGUCGGUCCUGGAGAGCGCGCCCGUCGGCCACUCCAUCCUGCACGUGCAGGCCAUCGACACGGACGCCGGCGACAACGCCCGGCUGGAGUACAAGCUGAGCGGCACGGGCCCCGACACGCCCUUCGCCAUCAACAGCGCCACGGGCUGGCUGGCGGUCAGCUCGGCGCUGGACCGCGAGAGCGUGGAGCACUACUCCUUCGUGGUGGAGGCCCGGGACUACGGCGCGCCGCCCCUCUCGGCCUCCGCCAGCGUGACCAUCACGGUGAUGGACGUGAACGACAACCGGCCCGAGUUCGUGCAGAGGGAGUACUUCAUCCGGCUGAACGAGGACGCGGCCGUGGGCACCAGCGUGGUGAGCGUGACGGCGGUGGACCGCGACGUCAACAGCGCCGUGACCUACCAGAUCACCGGCGGCAACACGCGCAACCGCUUCGCCAUCAGCACGCAGGGCGGGGCGGGGCUGGUGACGCUGGCGCUGCCGCUGGACUACAAGCAGGAGCGGCGCUACGUGCUGACGGUCACCGCCUCCGACCGCACCCUGCACGACACCUGCCAGGUGCACGUCAACAUCACGGACGCCAACACGCACCGGCCCGUGUUCCAGAGCGCGCACUACUCGGUCAGCGUGAACGAGGACCGGCCGCCCGGCAGCACCGUGGUGGUCAUCAGCGCCACGGACGACGACGUGGGCGAGAACGCCCGCAUCACCUACUUCCUGGAGGACAACAUCCCGCAGUUCCGCAUCGACCCCGCCACGGGCGCCAUCACCCUGCAGACGGAGCUGGACUACGAGGACCAGAUGACCUACACGCUGGCCAUCACGGCGCGCGACAACGGCAUCCCGCAGAAGUCCGACACCACCUACGUGGAGGUGAACGUCAACGACGUCAACGACAACGCGCCGCAGUUCCUGAGCCCGCGGUACCAGGGCACGGUGAGCGAGGACGCCCCGCCCUUCACCAGCGUGCUGCAGAUCUCCGCCACCGACCGCGACGCGCACGCCAACGGCCGCGUGCAGUACACCUUCCAGAACGGCGAGGACGGCGACGGCGACUUCACCAUCGAGCCCACCUCGGGGAUCGUGCGCACCGUGAGGCGGCUGGACCGCGAGGAGGUGCCCUUCUACGAGCUGACCGCCUACGCCGUGGACCGCGGCGUCCCGCCCCAGCGCACACCCGUCCACAUCCAGGUCACGGUGCUCGACGUCAACGACAACGCCCCCGUCUUCCCCGCCGACGACUUCCAGGUCUUCGUGAAGGAGAACAGCGCUGUGGGCUCCGUCGUGGCCCAGAUCACCGCCACCGACCCCGACGAGGGGCCCAACGCCCAGAUCAUGUACCAGAUCGUGGAGGGCAACAUCCCCGAGAUCUUCCAGAUGGACAUCUUCUCCGGGGAGCUCACCACGCUCAUCGACCUGGACUACGAGGCGCGCUCGGAGUACGCCAUCGUGGUGCAGGCCACCUCCGCGCCGCUGGUCAGCCGCGCCACCGUGCGCAUCAAGCUGGUGGACCAGAACGACAACGGGCCGGUCCUGCAGAACUUCCAGAUCGUCUUCAACAACUUCGUGUCGAACCGCUCCAACAGCUUCCCCAGCGGGGUGAUCGGCAGGGUGCCGGCCCGCGACCCCGACGUCAGCGACCACCUGUACUACUCCUUCGACCGCGGCAACGACCUCAACCUGCUGCUGCUCAACCACACCAGCGGCGAGCUGCGCCUCAGCCGCAAGCUGGACAACAACCGCCCCCUGGUGGCCUCCAUGCUGGUGACCGUCACAGACGGGGUCCACAGCGUGACGGCGCAGUGCGUGCUGCGUGUGCUGAUCAUCACGGAGGAGAUGCUGUCCAGCAGCGUGACGGUGCGCCUGCAGAACAUGUCCCAGGAGCGCUUCCUGUCGCCCCUGCUGGGGCUCUUCGUGGACGGGGUGUCCGCCGUCCUCUCCGUGCCGCCCGAGGACGUCUUCGUCUUCAACGUCCAGCCCGACGCCGAGGCCGGCGGCGGCGCGGCGGAGAUCCUGAACGUCAGCUUCUCGGCCGCCCUGCCCGGCGGACACUUCUUCCCCUCCGAGGCCCUGGAGGAGCAGCUGUACCUGAACCGGCCGCGGCUCACCCAGCUGGCACAGCUGGAGGUGUGGGCAGGUGACCGCUGUGAGGUGGACCGCAGGAAGGGGCGCUGUGUCCCGGGGGUGUGCCGGAACGGGGGGACGUGCCGGGACCUGGCGGAGGGGGGGUUCCGCUGCGACUGCCCGGCCGGGGGGUUCGAGCGCCCCUACUGCGCCGUCUCCGCGCGCUCCUUCCCCCCGAAGUCCUUCGUCAUGUUCCGGGGUCUGCGGCAGCGUUUCCACCUGUCCAUCUCGCUCUCGGUGUAUGACGCUGCCCCGGGCCAGGACUCUGAGAGCUUCCUUGCCCCCUCAGCCACUGGCCAGGCCCGGCUGGCGCUUAUCUACGGCCUGGAAACCUCCAUGAACUUUAAGUUUCAGGCGCCCCCUAUUCCCUACGCCCCCUUGCCCCGUCCUCCUGUGCGCCGAGCGUCCUCUCAGGUGGUGUCCCUACAGUGUCCCUCUGGCUCUCCCUCUGCCCCUCAGCCCAAGCGCAGCGCGGCGGGCGAGGCACAGGGCCCCUCGGAGCAGAAGGCGGCGGUGCUGACGGUGGACGACUGCGACACGGCUGUGGCCCUGACCUUCGGCCAGCAGAUCAGCAACUACAGCUGUGCGGCGCAGGGCCUGCAGAGCAGCUCCAAGAAGUCCCUGGACCUGACCGGCCCCCUGCUGCUGGGCGGCGUCCCCAACCUCCCUGGGAAUUUUCCGGUGCAGAGCCGCGAGUUCAUCGGCUGCAUGCGGGACCUGCACAUUGACAACCGCCCCGUCGACAUGGCAACCUACAUCGCCAACAACGGCACGCUGCCCGGCUGCAGUGCCAAGCUGCCGUUCUGUAAGGUCAACCCCUGCCAGAACGGAGGAACCUGCCGGGUCAGCUGGGAGACCUUCUCCUGCGACUGCCCCCUGGGCUUCGGGGGCAAGGACUGCAGCCACGUGAUGCACCACCCUCACCGCUUCCUGGGGAACAGCGCCCUCUGGUGGGACCUGAAGGGGGAGGCGACGAUCUCGAUGCCCUGGUACCUGGGACUGGUGUUCCGGACGAGGGGCAGCGAUGGGGUGCUUCUGCAGGCGCAGGCUGGGCAGUACACCAACAUCCUCUUCCAGCUGUCCGGAGGCCAGCUGGUGUUCUCGGUGAGCCGCGGGUCGACCCGUGCGGUCAGGCUGCUGCUGGACGCGGUGGCGGUGGACGACGGCCGCUGGCACAACCUGCAGCUGGAGCUGCGCAACGUGAGCAGCGGGAGGGACGCGCGCUACGUCGCCACCGUCCGGCUCGACUUCGGCCUCUUCCAGGGGACAGUGGUAGUGGGCAGUGAGCUCCAUGGGCUCAAAGUGAAACACCUGCAUGUUGGGGGCAUCCUGGGGGCUGGAGAGGUGCAGAGCGGCAUGAAGGGCUGCAUUCAGCAUUUUGUGUGCAACUGUCCACCUGGUACACUGUCCUUAAUGUCUCCUGCUCUGCUUGUCUGUCUGCCUAUAUGUGGCUGUCCAGGCUACUAUGGGAAGGACUGUAUAGAUGCCUGUCAGCUGAACCCCUGUGAGAAUGAAGCUCAGUGCCACCACAGGCGCAACAGCUCCCAUGGGUACACCUGUGACUGCAAGGAUAACCACUUCGGGCAGUACUGCCAGCACAGGACAGAACAGCAGUGCCCGCGAGGGUGGUGGGGCAGUCCGACCUGUGGGCCCUGCCACUGUGACGCCAACAAGGGAUUCGACCCCAACUGCAACAAGACCAAUGGGCAGUGCCACUGCAAGGAGUUCCACUACCGCCCGCGGGGCAGCGACUCCUGCCUGCCCUGUGACUGUUACCCCGUGGGCUCGUUUUCCCGGGCCUGUGACCCCGAGAGCGGGCAGUGCCAGUGCCGGCCAGGCGUCAUGGGGCGCCAGUGCAACGCCUGCGACAACCCCUUUGCCGAGGUCACCCAGAACGGCUGCGAGGUGAUCUACGACGGCUGUCCUAAAACAAUCACAGCUGGGAUCUGGUGGCCCAGGACCAAGUUCAGUCUUCCUGCAGCAGUUCCUUGUCCCAAAGGCUCCCUGGGAGCGGCUGUCCGACACUGCGAUAUGGAGAGGGGAUGGCUGGACCCUGACCUCUUCAACUGCACCUCCCCAGCCUUCAUGGAGCUCAACACUGCGCUGGAGGCUCUGGAGAGGAACGAGACGCAGCUCAGCACCAUCGAGGCCAAGAAACUGGCCCACCAGCUCCGCGACGUCGCCGAGGGGACUGGCCGUUUCUACGGCAACGACCUCCAGAUCGCCGACAGGAUGCUGCACCGCCUGCUCGGGUUCGAGAGCCGACAGACCGGCUUCGGGCUGACCGCCACGCAGGACGCCCACUUCAACGAGAACCUGGUGCGCGGGUGCAGCACAGUUCUGGGUCCGAGCAGCGCCUGGCUGUGGCGGUCGCUGUCUCUGGGCGAGCGGGGGGCUGCUGGGCUGGCGGAACUGCUGGAGGAGUACGCCCGCACCCUGGCACAGAACAUGAAGCUCACCUACCUCAACCCUGUGGCCAUCGUGGCCCCUAACAUUGGUGAGGAGCCCCAGGGCGUCCCGGCCAAUGAGACGGCGGAGGCCCCCGCACUGAAGCGCCGUGGGUCGCCACCCGAGCCGCCAAUCACCGUCGUCAUCCUGCUGAUCUACCGCAGCCUGGGGGCCGCGCUGCCCGCCAAAUACCACACCGACCGCCGCGGCAUCAGGCUCCCCAAGCACCCGGUGAUGAACUCCCCCGUGGUCAGUGUGUCGGUGCUGAACAACCAGGCGUACGUCACAGGCCCCCUCGACUCCCCCCUGCUGCUGGAGUUCCGCCUCCUGGAGACGGCCAAUCGCAGCAAGCCGCUGUGUGUGCAGUGGAACCACACCAGCCCUGAGGAGCCCGGAGGCUGCUGGACAGUGCGGGACUGCAGUGUGGUCUUCAGGAACACCACCCAUGUGCGCUGCCAGUGUGCCAAGCUGGGCACCUUCGGGGUGCUGAUGGACAGCUCCCAGCGAGAGUAUUUCUUCAUGGCCACAUUCGCCUGGCUGUUUGUUGAAGGGCUUCACAUUUACCGCAUGCAGACGGAGGCGCGCAACAUCAACUACGGUGCCAUGCGCUUCUACUACGCCAUCGGCUGGGGUGUGCCCGCCAUCAUCACUGGGCUGGCUGUGGGGCUGGACCCUGAGGGUUAUGGGAACCCGGAUUUCUGCUGGAUCUCCGUCCAUGAUAAACUAAUAUGGAGCUUCGCUGGUCCCAUCGGCAUUGUCAUUGUGAUGAAUGGCGGAAUGUUUCUGAUCGUGGCAAGAAUGUCCUGCAACCCCACGCAGAAAGAGACCAAGAAACAGUCAGUGGGACUUGCAGUGCUGCUGGUGUUCUGCCUGCUGAACUCAGAGGUGCAGGAGGCCUGGAAACUGGCCUGUCUUGGCAAGAAGCCCCCAGCAGAGGAGACGGCUCGAGCGCCCCAGAUCACUGGUCCGAAUCCCUACAACAACGCCUCUCUGCUGGAGGAGAGCGGGCUGCACCGAAUCACCCUGGGCACCUCCACCAUCUCUUCUGUCAGCAGUGGCGACGACUCCGACUCCGACUCGGACCUCUCCCUGGAGGAGGAGCGCAGCCUGUCCAUCCCCUCCUCCGAAAGCGAGGACAACGUCCGUCUCCGGGGGCGGAUCCAGCGCCGGUUCAAGCGCACCAAUCACAGCGAGCGCCUGCUCACAGAGCCCGUCCCUAGCGCAGCCAAAGAGCUGGACGGCAACGACCUGCUCUCCUACUGGCCGGCGCUGGGCGAGUGCGAGGUGCGCGCCCUGCAGAAGUGGGGCUCCGAGCGCCGGCUGGGCGCCGACUACAGCAAGGACGCGGCCAACAACAACCACCAGCCCGAGCCGGCGCUGACCAGCGGCGACGAGAACAGCCUGACCCAGCCCCGCCGGCACCGCAAGGGCAUCCUGAAGAACCGCCUGCAGUGCCCCCCUGCCCUGCAGGGCCUGUCGGCGGUGGGCCGCGUGCCCAGCGAGCUCUCCUGGUACCGCACCUCCACGCUGGGCCACCGCGCCGUGCCCGCUGCCUCCUACGGCCGCAUGUACUCGGGCACGGGCAGCCUGUCGCAGCCCGCCAGCCGCUACUCCUCCCGCGAGCAGCUGGACUCCCUGGCGCGCCGCCAGCUGUCCCGGGACCCUGCCGCCACGCUGUCGGCGGACUUCGCCGUGACAGUGGCUCCAGGCCCCCGGGGGGUUGGGGCCCUUGGACAGGAGCAGUCAGCUCCCGACAGGCCGCUGCGGCACCGUGGGAUACAGGAGGACUUUGCCUGCAGGAGCAGUGUGGCCAGGCCGGGCCAGGCGCAGGGGCCUGGUUCAGCCUCCCGCUUCCCUGCGAGCCCUCUGUACCUCGGACCCCUGCCGAGCGGACUCAAGCCCGCGGGGGGGAGCGGAGCGGAGCUCGUCUGCAGGAGACAGCCGAGUCCUUCCUGCUGA